AAAUGUGACGCUCUUGUGUCAGCUGCUCGCCUCUCGGUUGCCUGUUAAACUGCAUGUUUCACUCUCUUGGGUCAGUUAAUACUUUGGAAAAAUGGCUGCGCUGAUCAGGAGGAUCAUCAACACAGCUAAAGCUCCGGCUGCGAUCGGCCCCUACAGCCAAGCAGUGGUGGUUGAUCGGACCAUGUACAUAUCUGGGCAGCUGGGGAUGGAUCCUGCCAGUGGACAGCUGGUGGAAGGUGGUGUUCAGACACAAACCAGACAGGCUCUUGUGAAUAUGGGUGAAAUUCUUAAAGCAGCUGGCUGCAGCUAUGAGAACGUUGUCAAAACCACAGUGUUGUUAGCCAACAUGAACGAUUUUGUAAAUGUCAAUGAUGUUUACAAGCAGUUUUUCAGUACCAACUUCCCAGCCCGAGCUGCCUAUCAGGUAGCGGCACUUCCCAGAGGUGGACUGGUGGAGAUCGAAGCAGUUGCUGUUUUGGGCCCUCUGAGAGAUGCUUCUUAACAAGUAGAUAAAUGAAACAAUACCACCAAGACAGUAGCAGUUUAUGUUUUGUGACCCAGGAAAGAACUGAUAAAAUAAACUCUAUGUACAGAACCCUCAACAUUUAUUGGUCCCCCUGUUCAAGAUGUGUAAAAAGCCUUGAAAUAAAUGUACCUUUUAUUUCAGUAGCUUAAUCUCACUGACAAAAUUAGCUACUGUACUUUUGUCGCUCCCUUACCCUCCUCAGUGUGCCUGGUGGCAAGAUAGACAUGGGUCCUUGUGUGAUCUUCUUCAUUAUAGUUCCAGCAGUAGUUAUUAUAAUUCCUGACUUAUGGUGAUCAACACACAUUUGCCUUGCUAGAAUAGAAUGUUCUCUUACUUUUCCCAUUUUGAAGAGUGGCAAAGAGAAAAAGGCCUCUGAGUUUCUAAACAGUAUGAUCAACUUAAAACAGUAAAGGGUGCAUUAAAAAAAGCUUCAGUUACAUUUUUUCUCUGAUUCAAUAUUUUUUAGGGGGGUGUCACUAGAAUUUUUUUUAAAUACAACUAAAACAUUUUUUUAAUUAAAGGUCGAGUUUUGCUUAAACCUGUUAAUACUACUGAUAUUUCAGGCUUUUUACGCCAGAAGUUCCAAUGAAUGCGGAGGGUGCUGUAUCUUAGUCUAAUAAAAGGCCAGUAAGUGAUUUAUUGCUAUUUUAAUAAUGUUGCUGCCUGACAGUCUAGCAUCGCCCAAGCUUGAAGCACUUUCUCCUCAUUGUAGAUGAGAUGAGUAGAUGAGACGUUACAGACAACACUGGAUCUUCAAUUCCUGCGGCUCACCUUUCACUUACAAUAGUUGUUAAGCAUCUAGCCUUGUUUGUGUGGCUUGAAUUUCACUAUCAGCCACUGUUGUCCCAGUUAUACCCAUGACAUAAUGCAUUUAUUAUUGAUGAUGUAACCCAGCAAUAAAUGCUUUUAACGUUU